GCCUCGGCGCCGACUGCUAAGCUCAGCAAGUCUUGCGGCAAAGGCACUUCGGACCGAGUUGGGGCCGGGGCGGAGCGGGGACUCCGGGCCCCGGGGGAACGGACGCCCCUCUGCACCGUGGCCAGCGUCGCGCCCUUGCAGCCCGCCGCGCCCUCACUUCGGGGACCCGGGAUCCUUCCUGCCUGGCCGCUCCGUCGAUCCCCUCUGCCACCAUGAGGAACAUCUUCAAGAGGAACCAGGAGCCCAUUGUGGCUCCUACCACCACCACAGCCACAGUAUCAACUGGGCUCUUACACAACUCCACCGAGAGUGAGGGCGCUGGGGAGAGCAAGGAGGACAUGUUUGCCAAGAUAAAGGAGAAAUUCUUCAACGAGAUCCAGAAGAUCCCCUUACCACCCUGGGCACUGAUCGCCAUUGCUGUGGUCGCUGGCCUCCUGCUCCUCACCUGCUGCUUCUGCAUCUGCAAGAAGUGCUGCUGUAAGAAGAAGAAGAACAAGAAGGAGAAAGGCAAAGGCAUGAAGAAUGCCAUGAACAUGAAGGACAUGAAAGGGGGUCAGGACGAUGAUGAUGCAGAGACUGGCCUGACUGAGGGAGAAGGUGAAGGGGAGGAAGAGAAAGAGCCAGAGAAUCUGGGCAAACUGCAAUUUUCCCUGGAUUAUGAUUUCCAGGCCAACCAGCUUACCGUUGGCGUUCUGCAGGCUGCUGAAUUGCCUGCCCUGGACAUGGGAGGCACCUCAGACCCUUAUGUCAAGGUCUUCCUUCUUCCAGACAAGAAGAAGAAAUACGAGACCAAAGUCCAUCGGAAGACACUGAACCCUGCCUUCAAUGAAACUUUCACCUUCAAGGUGCCAUACCAGGAGCUAGGAGGCAAAACCCUGGUGAUGGCUAUCUAUGACUUUGACCGCUUCUCCAAACACGACAUCAUUGGAGAGGUAAAGGUGCCUAUGAACACCGUGGACCUAGGCCAGCCCAUCGAGGAGUGGAGAGACCUGCAGGGCGGGGAGAAGGAGGAGCCAGAGAAGCUGGGCGACAUCUGCACCUCCCUGCGCUACGUGCCCACGGCCGGGAAGCUCACCGUCUGCAUCCUGGAGGCCAAGAACCUGAAGAAGAUGGACGUAGGCGGCCUUUCAGACCCCUACGUGAAGAUCCACCUGAUGCAGAAUGGCAAGAGGCUCAAGAAGAAGAAGACGACGGUGAAGAAGAAGACCCUGAACCCCUACUUCAACGAGUCCUUCAGCUUUGAGAUCCCCUUCGAGCAGAUUCAGAAAGUCCAGGUGGUGGUCACCGUGCUGGACUAUGACAAGCUGGGCAAGAACGAAGCCAUCGGCAAGAUCUUUGUGGGCAGCAACGCCACGGGCACGGAGCUGCGGCACUGGUCCGACAUGCUGGCCAACCCCCGGAGGCCCAUCGCCCAGUGGCACUCGCUCAAGCCCGAGGAGGAGGUGGACGCACUUCUGGGCAAGAACAAGUAGGCGGCAGUGGCCGGGACCCCGCGCCAUGACAGACACUGACAAGAUCCAGAGCUAUCAAUACCUCAGUUAUGCGACCUUAGAGGUUUUCUUUCUCAUUUGUUUGUGGCUGUGUCCCUGUUUUUCCUUCCUUUUCUCUUUUUAAGGACCAACUUCCCUCUGAUGGCUGUGUGAGGAGAGUCCCCUAACAGGUGAAAGAGAAGUCUGGCUCUUUUCAUCGUCCCAGGAGCGGUCCUUGCUGCAUGCCCUGUCACGUUUCCCUCUCACUUCUUCAAAGCUUCACUGAAGCCCACCCUGAGUGAGGCCCUCUUCGGCAGAAAGUCGCAGCACUUCCUGCUUUUUUGAGUGUUCUGGGCCAACAAAAUGGCAGCACAUCCUGUUUCCUGACAGGAAAUGCAACACAGUGGCCUAUGAUGUGUGUGUGUGUGUGUGUGUGUGUGUGUGUGUGAGCAUCUCUCUGCAUUCCUGGAAUGAGCCAUGGACAGUAAAGUUGUGUGGGAAGAGAAAGCUCUUCAGGGACCCUGAAACGAAGAGACAUCCACUAAGUGGGAGAUCUUCUGUCAGCUCGUGGAGAGGGCUCAGAAUCCCGGUCAGAAGCCAGAAGCUCCUGUACUCCUUGUGGGUGGCUAUUUGGGAGGCAAGAUGUGGAGACUGGAUUUGUCCAGAACUGGGACCAAAUCCCUGAUGCCAUCAUAGACUUCCUCCUGUCAGGCAUAGUUUCCCCACAAGUGUGGUUUCUGGGACAUUCAUGGACAUGAACUAUUCACUAGAUUGGUCAGGCUCUAACAGGGACCAUCACUCCUGGGACCUCAUAUGUUGAUGACAGUUAACAUCAAACUAUGAAGAAACAAGACCCAUUUACCUAGAAAGACCAAAUGAAACUCGUGGAUCUUCUUCACUCCCUUCCAGUGGGAAACACGGAUGCUUUCUCCCUUUCCAGAAUAUAAGCUAUGCGGUUCAUUUGCAUUGAUUCCUCAUCAGGCUUUUGCUUCUGUUUUCUCUUUUAAUCUAAACAGAGCAACGCUAUCUGAAGACUGUUUUCUGUACAGAGCCAGAGAACUCUAAAAGAAGGUUUAAAUAUUCUUAGUUCCCCUGAGGUCCAGGUAAGAAGGGGAGCAUGGCGGACAGAUGGCAGAGAUUUCCCGGAUGAGGUAGGUGCCAGUGCUGAGAUUCCCCCCAGCUCCCACUCCUCUGCCUUCCAUGCCAGACAGCGUACGGGCAACUGGUGGGGCCCAGGGAGACCUGUGGGGAGGCCCCAGCCUACCAUUUCUUAGGGAGGCUUCUCGCUCUGAAUGCCAGGAAGCAGGACACCCAUUCCAAAUGGGUGGUGAGGACACCUGCUGGGGUUUCUACCCCAUGCUCAGUUGUGUCCCAUUCCCUCUUCAGCUUUUGUCCCCAGCACUGAUAAAAAGCCAUAUAUAUGUUAGUCAAGUUUGCACUGAGCCUCCUUCCAAGCAUUCAGCCUGGGCAAGAGAGUUAGGCCCCACAUGGCCUGAGGCCAGCACCACUUCCUUCCGCCCCUUCCUCCCGUCCUUGCCUCCCUUCCUUCAGCCUCUCUCUUCCAUCAAUGAAGCCCUGAGGCCCCUGCCAUUUCUUCACCACAGAAUACUCAUAGCUUCCUCAGAACCUUGGGGAUCUCUCUCUCCCAGCAAAAAUUCCUGUCGUGCCCCAUAUGGGCCACCUCAGCUUCCUGUAGGUACCUGAGAUAGAUGGACAGUGUUAGAGAAAAUCAGGCUUUGAGGAUCCACAUGAAGGAGGUGCGGAGUGUCUUUUUAUUUUGUUAAAAGAAAGGUGGGUUUUUUGUUUCUGCUGUGCCAUGUUUUUUGGUUAGAGUAGGGGAUGAGGGAACACCUCCACCAGAACCAGACUGGGAAGCGGGUUUCAGCCUUGUUCAUCUCUCAGAGAUGCUAGUGGCCCUUGGUACAUGGGAGAUUGUAUUUUCCUGGACCCUGUGUGAGUGUGGGUGUGUACCUAAUGAUGAGAAGGUAGGACUCUGACAAGGACUGUGAGCUUUGGUCCUUGGGACCGGAGUUGUGGUCAUGGUAGAGAGUUGUAGGAAAAUAGGGUGCCUUCAGAAUCUGGCUGACUGCAGCGUAGGAUGUCCUGAUACGGACAUCAGAAGUCACUGGACUCUUCUCCCAUCCCCAGAACUGUGGGAUUUUGGUGCUUUCUCAGGGUCUCUCUCCCCACCAUAUCCCACAACCCUUGUUCAUAGGACCUCCCUGUCAAUCUCAUCUUCCUUACCUUCAUUCUUUUGCCCUUUCCCAAUGUACUUUCUACUACGUGAGAUUCUUCUCUGCCCAUGAACCUCAUUCAGCCUUUCCAGAGCCCAAGAUUUGCCACUCUCCUGAUGCGGGGGGGAAAGGAAAUGGUGGGCACCUCUGGUGGUUUGGGUGUCCAUGUGCCAGAAGACAGGGGCUGGAUUUUGUUACUCUGGGCCACCUCUAGUGAGCAGCCUUGAGGGGUGGGGACAGAUUGCUGAGAGACUGAGUGUGGGCAACAAUUCCUCCCUCCCACCCACCUAGGUUCCAGCUCGUCCUUGGAUGGGCCCUUGGCCCAGAUGAGCCAUCCUAGUGAAGGCAUCUAUCCAGGUCCAUGAACUAGGCAGGUGAACAUACUUAUGCUUGUAAGUUUUCUACACCUGAGGGGUGAUGUUACCCAAGGCACGGAGCAUCAUUCUGAACCCUCACUUCCAUGCAGGUUUAUUUCUGGGGAUGUUAGGGUGCUGGGGUGUAUGCCCGAAGUGGGACAGAGUGAGUUCUGGCUCGUGAGGGGUUCUGGAGGCCUCUGCGACUGUGAGUUCUCACUCCCAAAGUCUAUUGCAGACAGGAAAAUAGGAUAGAAGUGAUUUUUUCCACAUGGACUGAGACCAUAAAGACCCAAACCCAAUCCCAUCCGGAACUGGGGUGAGGCCAGAAAGCUCAGUCCUCUCCUUUCUCCUUGAAUAAUCCUUCCAGAAGAGAAACUAACUCUGCCAGAGCCAUAUGCAGAUUUUUGGACUUUGGAAGCGGAAGCUGAGGCCUGGGGGAAGCAGGGUAGAGAACAGUCGGGCAGCCCCAGAGAGCCAGUGAGCAGGUGCUUGGCAUGAACGAGAAGAGCCUUCGCAGGGAUCCCUCAGCUGGGGGAUGGGACAGCAGGGCUUAGAGCGUAGUCUCAGAUCCUGAUCUUCUUUUCUUCCCAGGAAACCAUACAUAGCUGCGGUUCUGCAGAAUCAGUCCGGGAUGAUUUUGCUGGCCCAGGGCUCCAAUGAGAGCCUCCUGUGGGUAAAACCAGCUCCCUGAAAAACCAGCCUCCAUGCAGUGGGGUGGUGGUGGGUGAGCAGAGAGGUUGAGAGACCUCCCCUGCGGCUGGGAGUGAGAGAUUCCCUGUUCCUCUAAUGUAUGCUAAUUCUCGGUCUCACCCAACCACAUACAGAGAGAGAGGCUGUCCUUUGUCCUUCCACACAAAGGUAGGAAGCGAUUGAGCCAGGACCUGCCCUCCGACCCUCCACUCUGUCCCUACUCCUCUCCGCCUUCCCACCUGAGGCUGGUUGGGCGCCCCUUCUCAGAGCUCUGGCUGGUGGCAGGCAGGGAAGGGUCCCAAGGCCUGGUCUUGGUGGCGCGGGGUCCCACAACGUGGUUGUCAGAUUUGGCAAAUAAAAAUACAAGAUAUCCAGUUUGAUUUGCAUUUCGAUAAACAGUACAUAAAUUUAAAGUCUGUCUUAGGCAAAUUUGGGACAUACGAUACAAAAAGUGAUUUGUAGUUUAUCUGAGAUUCAAAUUUAACUGGCCAUCCUGUGUUGUAUCUGGCACCCCUAUGCUAUGACCACUUACCCCCUCUGCCCCCUCAGUCCCAGGGGGCCAGAGACUGGUCACCAAGGAUCUUACUUAACCUGCUUUUCGAGCUGCAAUAUUGAGAAGGGGACACUGUGACUUGAAGACACAUGAAUAUACUUUAUUUUUUAAGUGACAACAAAACAAGAACCUUCUGAAGCCAUUUGAGCCUCAUGACCCCCUCCAUGUGCAUUUAGUUAUAUAUAAAAGAAGAUAGUGAUCUAUAAACCUAUGAACCGAGUCUCGUUUACUCAACAUGCAUGUCUCUGACUUUCUGUAAAUAGUCGCAUGGCCAUGCUGAGAGUCCCCCUAACCCCUGCCCUCGACCCCACUUUACACAACUCGUUGAGGCCGCUCCUUCGAUUUUAUGUCACGUAAAGUCUUUGUCCCCAAGCCCCACCCUGUCUCACCCCAUUGGGAACCCCCCAGUGGGAGCCACCGGCUGGGGGCGUCGGUUUCGGGCUCGGGCACCAGCUCUGCCUUCGGGGACGUGGGAGGGCCACUGGCGCCCCGAAUGCCGGCCCCCACUGCUUGCUGCACAUCCGUCUGCAGAGCCGACCCUCAGUGUCCCGUGCGCUGUGUCCAGCCUGGGGUCUGCUGUGUCCUGCGUAUGUGUGCGGUGUGCCCCUUCCUCCCACUGUAUGAAUUCACUGAAAAGCCAUAAAGGGGGCCUCCUGCUGGAGACUGCCCUUGGUUCCUCCCAGGAGCCCCCCCGUGUCCCUCCGACUGGCUCCCCACAGAACACUUGUGAAGGGCUCACCUGCUGUCACCCCUCCCGCUCUCUCAGCCCCAUGUCACAAGGGUGGAUGGCGUCCAGGGCUUCUGGCCGAGUCCCAGGAGGCGUCCGGGCUGGCCCUGCCCAGGCGGGCUCCUCCACCUGGAUUUGACAGUCCAACUCCAUCUCCAUCCUGCGUAUGGUCGGGGCAGUGGGGGGCACGCCAUAGUUUCAGGGCACUGAGGAGGCAACCAGGAUUUUCAGGAGCAGCUAGUCAGCGGCUCAGGUUCCCAUCACCAUCCGGGCUUGACAGAACCAGCCCUGCUUCUGUAACACAGUGGGGUCAGGGGCCGUGGGUGGCAAUGCAGGAAGGCCUCUGGGGGCGGGAGUGCACUGGAGAAUGCAGUGGGUUAGGCUCUUCCCACCGUGCUCCCUCCUGCAGGCUGACAGCGCCUAAGAGUGGGUGGCCUGAGGCCUGCAGAACCCCCCCCCCCCCAGCCAGGAGCACCCUGUGGGAGAGAAUUGGGGAUGCAGAGCUGGGGGCUCUGCAGGUCCCACAUCACUGUUGUACCAGGAUGGGCAUGUAAGCUUCCAGCCUGCAGCUCCUGGCCCCAAGGGCACCGACAAGGGCAGACAACUCAUGGGAAUAAUGCCAGGGGGCCUCGGGCAUGGCGACUGGUAAGCAUGAGGAAGGAGGGAGACCAGAAUGUGAGAAGGACAAGGCCGAAGGCGGCGAGGUGGGCUCUGCCCUCCACAAAGCACGACUUGUGAGCACGCAGAAGCCCCAGGGAUCGUCGUGCUGGGGACCAUCUCCGGAUGGGCUGGGAUCCGGAGCUUGGAGGCGUGGAGGGAAGACGUGUCUAGCCUCCCGCUAGCACUCUCUGGGACCCUCCCACUCUCCACACCCACAGCAGACAGCAAUGCACGCAAGAGUUGAGGGGGUCUGGCCUGGUGAGGUGGCAGAGCCGCGUGCAUGGGGUCUCUCCAUCCAGCCCUCCUCAGCCAUCAGGACUCGAGGAGGACCCUCUUCAAAGAAGCUUGACUGUUCUGCCCUGACUUGUCCCCAUCUAAGGACUUGAGUUGCUGCUUUCUGAAAUCCCAGGGAUCUGAAAACUUCAAAACCGGGGUGGUGGGCAGGGCAGACCCUAGCCUGCCUCAGGUCACCCCUGGAACGCAUCGGCCCCACCGGGAACCCUGCCUUUGUCUCCAUAGGAAGGACACCUUGUGUAGGCCCCACCCCCACCGCUCGCCCCCCACCUCCUCUGCUUGGCAAUGCUCUCCACACCCCCCCUUAUGUGGACUCUGUUGUUCUUGUCUGAUCUCUUGUCAAAUUGUUAUUUUGUAAUGAGCUGUGUCUCCUUAUUAAAGAA